AUGAGCGACGAAUAUCGCAGCUCGAUCUCUUCUCGUCCAGCUUUCAACCGCAACUCUACUACCACUAGCAAUUCUUUUGCCCCAGGUUCUGGUAAUCGUGUUGUAAAGAUCGUAACUGAAGUCUCAUCAUCAACCACUCAAUCAGGAUUGUCUCCUUUUGGUCAAAAUGCUGCUUCAACAAUUCGUGAUGCUCGUGAAAGAGAAAAAAAAGAAAUUAUGGAUCUUAAUGAUCGUUUAGCUUCGUAUAUCGAAAAGGUUCGCUUCUUGGAGGCCCAGAAUCGGAAGCUGCAAGCUGAUUUAGAUCGUCUUCAAGGCCGUUGGGGAAAGGGGACUUCAUCAAUCAAAAUCAUGUAUGAAUCAGAGAUCACAUCGGCUAAAAAAGUGAUUGGAGACACGGAGAGAUUGAAGGGCGAUGUGGAGAAGGAUAUUCGCAAAUUGCAAGAUGAACUCAAUGAGUAUCGUAGAAAAUUCGAAGAGGCUCAACGCGGUCGUGUGGGUGAUCGUCAGAUUAUCGAUGAUCUUCUCGUCAAAUUGUCAAAUAUUGAGGCUGAGAUUAACUUGUUGAAGCGCCGUAUCGCUCUUUUGGAGGAGGAGAUUAAAUUCUUGAAGAAAGAAAACAUGAGACUUGUGAGCGAAUUGCAAAGAGCUCGUACGGACCUCGAUCAAGAGACGCUUAAUCGUAUCGAUUAUCAAAACCAAGUGACGACUUUGCUUGAGGAAAUCGAUUUCAUCAAGAGAUCGCAAGAUCAAGAGAUUAAAGAGCUACAGGCAAUGGCUGCUCGUGACACAACCAAUGAGAAUCGUGAGUAUUUCAAGAAUGAACUCGCCUCAGCAAUUCGGGAUAUUCGAGCUGAAUACGAACAAAUGAUGAAUGCUAACAAAAAUGAUAUGGACUCUUGGUACAAAUUGAAAGUUCAAGAGAUUCAAACACAAUCAGCUCGUCAAAAUAUGGAACAUGGAUACGCGAAAGAAGAGGUGAAACGCCUUCGUGAACAACUCUCCGAUCUUCGGGGAAAGCUCACUGAUUUGGAGGGAAGGAAUGCUCUGUUGGAGAAUCAAAUCAAAGAGUUGAACUAUCAAUUGGAAGAUGAUCAGAGAUCAUAUGAAGCAGCGUUGAAUGACAAGGAUGCACAGAUUAGAAAGAUGAGAGAAGAAUGCCAGGCAUUGAUGGUCGAGUUGCAGAUGUUGUUGGAUACAAAGCAGACUCUGGAUGCCGAGAUCGCGAUCUACAGAAAAAUGUUGGAGGGAGAAGAGGGAGGACCUGGAUUGAAGCAAUUGGUUGAACAAGUUGUCCGCACCACUGGAAUCAAAGAAGACGCCGAUACUGAAACAAUGCGUGUAUUGAAGGGAGAGACCUCAUCUCGUACCUCGUACAGUCGAUCGGCUAAAGGAAACGUCUCGAUUCAGGAAACCUCUCCCGAAGGGAAAUUCAUCAUGUUGGAGAAUACUCAUCGCGCCAAAGAUGAGACGAUGGGUGGAUGGAAAUUGAAAAGAAAAAUCGAUGGAAAGAGAGAGAUCGUGUUCACCUUCCCACAAGAUUACAUUCUCAAAGCUGGACGUCAUGUUAAGAUUUGGGCUCGCGGUCAUGGCCAUUUCGCUCCACCCGAUCAAUUGGUGUUUGAUGGAGAUGAUACAUUCGGUGUUGGCUCAAAUGUUCAAACAAUCCUUUACAAUCAACAAGGAGAGGAACGUGCCACUCACAAUCAACGCCAAUCGUCUAACACAAGCAAU